ACUAGCAUGGAGCGUGAAAGGCGGAAGGGGAGCGACGCAUUAGGCAAAACGUUUGUUCUGCUCGUUGGUGGCAUUUUGAUACUGCUUACCUGUGUACAGUUUGCGGCUAGCUGCAACGAGAUGGUGUGUGCCAGUAUCGUGUCGAAAUGCAUGCUGACGCAAAGUUGCAAGUGUGACAUGAAAAGCUGCACCUGCUGCAAGGAGUGUGCCGAAUGUUUAAGCUACCUGUACACGGAGUGUUGCAGCUGUCUGGAGAUGUGCCCGAAGCCGAACGAAACUUCCAACGAGCUGUCGAAGCAAUCGCACAUCGAAGAUCUGGAAGGAUUUCCCAACCUGUACGACGUGAUCACGUCCGAGCAGGAUGCGCAGGGCCGUUGGAAGGUGAUUUCGUUCCCGAUCGAUAUCGAUGCGGCACUGUACGGACCAAAAGGGGACGGUGCCACCAAAUACGUUGUCCACUCCACCGAUAUGGAUUUGAAGCAAAAGUACGAGGAUCCGAAUAAAAUUACGGUCAACUGUACAGUUGCGUACCAAGCACAGUGUAUGUCGUGGAACAAAUGCAAGGAAAGCUGCCGUACGAUGGGAGCCAGCAGCUAUCGCUGGUUUCACGAUGGUUGCUGUGAAUGUAUCGGUCAAUAUUGUCUAAACUACGGCAUCAACGAAUCACGGUGUCGCGACUGCCCGGAAAACAAGGAGCACGAUCUGGACGACCUCGGGCCGGAAGAAGAGCUGGAUUACGGGGACGGUAUGGGACCGCUGGAUAAUGCAGCGAUCGAAACAACCAACAUAUGAAUAGGGCUUGGACUACCGUUGCUCUGCCAUCUCGUCCAUCGCUAUAUUACCGUACGCAUCACCGCAUUCCGCUAUUGA